AUGGCGACGACCUCCCUGGCGACCCACUCCUCCAUCGACGGAGAUGGCGACGGCCUCCUAAGGAAAUGUAAGGAAGAGUUAAAUCAGGAAGAAAGCAAGAUCAAUGUCGAUAAAAGGGUUGCCAAGGGGCAAGAGUAUGAGAGUGGUAAAGGAAUGCAGAGAAGUGAGAUGGCUGGCAUGGAAGGUUUCCAGUUCUUCGAGAUCAGGCUGCCUCACAAGUUUGUGAAGAUGCUCUCCAGCCGUGAGCCCCACAAAGUGAAGCUGCGGGAGGCCGGCAGCGGGCGUCGCAGGCUAUGGGACAUGGUGGUGGUGUUCGACGGCGAAGGCCACAUGUACUUAGGGAUCGGCUGGGAGCAUUUCGCCCACACCCAUGAGCUGCAUCUUGGGCACUUCCUUGUCUUCCGCUACGAUGGCGACGCCAUGUUCACCAUGAAGAUGUUCGACAACACCAUGUGCCGCAUGUACUACCAGCACGAUGACGAUGCCAGCAAUGGGAGCAGCAGCGGGGAUGACGAGGAGCAUAGUGGGAAAGAAGAGGAGCAGAGCGGGGAUGACAAGGAGCAGAGCAGGGAGGUGCAGCCUAUUCUGGCUGAUGAUGACCUUGCUAUGGUGGUGGCUGACGACGACCCUGCUAUGGUGGUGGCUGACGACAACCUUGCGAUUGUGGUGCCUGACGCUGACCUCGCGAUGGUAGUGGCACCGGCAAUUCCACAGCUGGGUGACAGGACCAUGCCAAUUGUGGUAGAGGAGUACAUCCGCGUCGGCAUUCGCCACUCUGAGCGCAUCAGGAGGAUGAAGGAGAAUAAGGAGAAGAACGAGUGA